AUGGAGGCAGUGUGUGUGAAGCUGGAGGGUUCCACCAACGGACAUGGCGAUGGCGGGAACAGUGGGCGUGGCCGAGAAGGAAGUAGAAAGCUGCCUGGGCAUAGCAGGUGCCUGUGCAUGGUUCCAUGGUGCCAGUCCAAGUCGAGGAAGAGAAGGUUUGCUGAUUGGAAGGUUGUGGUGGAUUUCACAGCUUCAUGGUGCGGACCAUGCCGUUUCAUCACCCCAAUUCUGGUAGAGAUGGCCAAGAAGAUGCCUCAUCUCAUAUUCCUCAAGGUGGAUGUCGAUGAAUUGAAGUCUGUUGCUGAGGAUUGGGCCAUCGAGGCAAUGCCAACUUUUGUGUUUGUUAAAGAAGGAAAAAUUGUGGACCGUGUUGUGGGUGCGAAGAAAGAUGAACUGCAGAACACAAUAGCAAAGCACGAUACUCCUGUUGCUGUUGCUUCUACCGCUGCUGCUUGACUCACGUUUGGAGGAUAUACGAACCUCACUACCUUUCCUAAGUCAUGUUUAUGAACUAUGCUUUAUUUAUAAAUAGAUCUUCUAGCCCCAUCUUAAACUUUGAAUGCGUGUAUAUUACCAGUUGUUUGUGCUACUUCAUCUUGAUGUUGAUUUAUGAUGCCUAUGAGGUUUUGUUGGAAUAAUUGUAUUCUUCU